GAGAAGAAGGGAGACACAUAAACACAACAUGGCGGAGGGGGCCGCUGCCGCCGCGCAGGCGAAGGAAAGGCGGAAGGAGCAGCUCCGCCAGUGGGCUCGGUCCUGUACAAACCAGGAGGCGGCGGAGCCCCGCUGGCAGCGGCGGAAGAGGCGCCUGGAUGAACGGGGAGGCCGGGCGGAUGGAGAUGCUGGACGGGCUGUACGGUUCGAGCGGGCGGCGGAGUUCCUGGCUGCCUGUGCCGGGGGAGAUCUGCUGGAGGCGGAGGAGAUGCUCAGAGGAGAGGAGAGGAAGGAGAUCACUGACAGCACCAACACGGAUGGCAUCAGUGCUUUGCACCAGGCAUGUAUAGAUGAAAACCUGGAGGUGGUGGAGUUCCUAGUAAAUCACGGUGCCAAUGUGAAUCAGGCUGAUAAUGAGGGAUGGACGCCUCUACAUGUUGCGGCCUCUUGUGGUUAUAUGGAAAUAGCAGAGUAUCUGCUAAAAUACUCUGCGAACAUUGCUGCUGUGAACAGUGAUGGUGAUGUUCCCCUGGACAUAGCUGAAGAUGACUGCAUGGAGACUCUGCUUCGUGCUGAAAUUGAAAAGCGAGGCAUAGACAUCGUGGCAGCCAAGAGGGAAGAGGAGGAAGUCAUGCUGCAGGAUGCCCGUCAGUGGUUAAAUGCAGGCAAGAUAGAAGACAUCCGUCACCCAAAGACUGGAGCUAGUGCUCUUCAUGUGGCAGCAGCUAAAGGCUAUAUAGAAGUUAUGAGACUUCUGCUUCAGGCCAAUUUUGAUCCCAAUGUAAAAGAUAAAGAUGGCUGGACUCCUCUCCAUGCUGCUGCUCACUGGGGAGUGGAAGAGGCUUGUCGACUCCUUGUAGAACACUUCUGUGACAUGAAUGCGCUCAAUAACGUGGGUCAGAGGCCUUGUGAUGUGGCUGAUGAAGAGGUUGUUGGUCUUUUAGAGGAGCUACAGAAGAAGCAGGAAGAUUUACGAAGUGAAAAAGAGGCAAGUUUGAAGCGAGCAAUUAUUGACACUGGCAUCGAACAACCGCUAGUAAAUACAAGCAAACAUAGGAGGAGUUCCGUAUGUCGAAUGAGCAGCAGAGAAAAGAUCUCUGUACAAGACCAAUCAAAGGAGAGGAAGACAUUGGGCACUAUAACAGUUGGCGAUGAAGAGGGCACUUGCAGUUCAGAAGAGGAAACCGAAUCAACCAAUGAUAGUAAAGUGAAUAUGCAAGUGAAUGAGAAUGGACUGUUGCCUGAACCAAAAAACAGCACUUUCAACUCCAUCUCCCAUGACGAGAAGUUCACUGGGGCAUCAAGCAGCUUCACAGAAAAAUGCCAGCUUUCCCUUUUCAACUUGAGGGCAGGCUUGCGCAAAACUGGCAGCUUCGGGGCUCUGCAAGAUGCCAAAGUAGAGGACAGUAGCGUCAAAGAACAUGGGAUCAAACGCUCUGCUUCCAGCCCCCGCCUGGACACCCAAGAAAGGAAUAAAGAGCCAUGUCUGGCUCGUAUUCCACCAACUCCAACCAGAAGGAUUUUUAGCCUUCAAGACUCAGAUUCUUUAUCCGAUGCUAAGGAGGGAGACACGGAAUGUGGGCUGCAAAUGAAACUUGACGUGGACCCUACCACACAAUUGCACACAAAUGCCUUGACCAGCAUGACUGCCACCACCUCCACAUCAUCCUCCAGCACAAGCUCCACUGUUGACCCCAAAGACAAACGAAGGUCUUAUCAAACACCGGUCCGGGAUGAAGAAUCGGAGUCUCAGAGGAAAGCGCGGUCUCGACUUAUGAGGCAGUCAAGACGAUCUACUCAGGGUGUCACACUCACUGACCUCAAGGAAGCGGAAAAGACACAAGUGAAGUCAGCGGAUUCUGCUCAGCCAUCCAAUCUAAACGCUGGUGAUGUUGGAGAGCGCGUUGAAAAGGAUCAGCUGGAAAACAUGGAGCAAAGAAAAACUGAAUUGGCACUGAACACUGAAACUUCCACCUCGUUAUCUGUACAUACUGUGAAUUCUUCCGCAAAGAAAGAACCUGAAGCAGUUACCAAAGAUAACUCUGAAAUGGAAAUCUCAAACCACUUGACUUUGUCAAGAGACAGAAGAAAAUGGCGGAGGGAGCAUCGAACUGCAAACACAGGGGUAGUGGGCAGUGAAGACAUAGAGGCUGCACACCACACAGAGACUUCUGAUUACAGGUUAACAGACAGUUUGAACAGUAUUCAUCCUUAUAGAGCAGGGACAUACACAUUUCCAAGACAUAAAGAUGACCCUGAUAAAGACUACAAGAAGUUGUACGAAGAUUUACUGUCAGAAAACGAAACCUUAAAAGAGCAGCUGCAAGAGACGGAGUUCAAACUUACCCAACUGAGGCUAGAGCUGGAACGAAUCACACAGAGACAAGAGCGGCAUGCAGAAAGACCUGCCUUACUGGAAUUAGAAAGAUUUGAAAGAAGAGCAUUGGAGAGAAAAGCUGCUGAACUAGAAGAGGAGUUGAAGGUCCUUUCUGACUUGAAGGCGGAUAAUCAAAGACUUAAGGAUGAAAAUGCAGCUUUAAUACGAGUCAUCAGCAAGCUUUCUAAAUGAAGCAGAGCAAGGCAAGGAUGAUAAUGGCCAUAUCCAGUAUCAAUACCUUUGGCCUCCCUAGGCCUGCAUGGGCUUGAAGGCCGGCUGGGCCAGAACGCUGUCUUCCUGGAUUGAGCAGCUACUGUAUAGGACUGUCUGGAACAGAAGCAAUGUUCAGUUUGGCAUUGUGCUGCACACACUGGAGCAAGACUUUCAGAGCCAGCAUCCCAACCCCGUGAAUGUGGAGAAAAUCUGACCUGCUAGUUUUUGACAGUUUUUUUUUUUUUUUCUUUUUUUAAUGUAUAUCUUACAAUAUUUAACAGUGCUUGUAUACACACAUCUUCAAAUCAUCGAAAGUCGGCUUAAGAUGACACCCAAAAACUUAUUGCCAUCCUUGGUAUAACCAAGCCAAUUUACCCUGUUUGUUUUUUUCGUUUUUUUUUUCCAUGGCUUAAACGCGUUGUGAUUGGUUAUAAGAAUCUUUUGGACAUUUCCUGCCUCACUUCAGCUAAAACUGACACACCCUUUCUUGUUACUCCAGAAAAUUUUAGUAGUUUAUUUUAACAAAACCACUAGUACUUCCUCAAAGCAAUAAGUGAGGUUCAAUAUCAGACUGCAAAUUCCUAUUUAAAUUCUGUCUGCUGACUACGUAUGAAGGCAUGCCAAUCCAAGAACAAAUAUGCAACGUUUAAUACAUUGACACAUCUUUGAAUGUUGUGUUGUACGAGCUUUCCAGCUUGUUAAACCGUUACACUGUUAAUGCCUUUAAUGCUGCAUUGUUCUACAAAGUUCCAUGCUGAGUUCUGCCAAAGUACGCACUGAAAUAUCUUACGAGAAGUCCACAGUAGAGUUUGGGAAAACAUGAGCAAUGUAAAGUUUGUGCAGCAAGUGUCAUCAAAUCAGGCUGCCAGCUAUUAUUUUUCUAGUGUAUGUAAAAAAAAAGCAGAUGUCUCAUAGUGCGUAUCACUUUUUUUUUUUUUUUUUUUCAAUAAUUCACUUUGGUCACAAGCCAGGAGUUUAAGAUUCCAGAAAUGGAGUUCAACUUCCAGGAAGCAUUUUAACGGGUUGUGCAGUCAACUGUACAAUAGCUAAUGGCUAUGUAAUGCAGAGUUCUCCUGUAAGUAAGCACCCUCUUUAAUAAAAAAAAAAUAUAUAUAUAUAUUACAUCUCUGUACUUGACUGAGAGUAGGUAUAAACAUGCAGUGGUAAAGCAAAAUUGUCUGUUGAAGCCAACACCAGUGUUGAUGAGCUCCACUGUGUUAUUGUAAUUUUCUGUAAAACAGAUGCACCCAAGGGUAAUGUGAAUGUUUCCACAUUUUUUUGGAUAUAUAUUUCGGAUGAAUCUCCCCCCUUUUUUGGGCAUGUCGGACUUCCAUAGCUGUACAUUUUUAACACCCGUUUAUGUCAAUUUUAGACAGCUGAGAACAAUGUAUUUUCAAGAAAUUUCCCCACCAGGCAGAUCGUAAAUGUUGGCGGUCUAGGAAGUAUUCAUGUCCUUUUACAUGUAGUUGCGCAGAUAAACAUAAUGUCUUAGAGUCUCAAACAUUGUGUGUGCAACUGAAAGGAUAAUCAUUACACUGUAAACUCAUUUAUAUGUUUGUA